GACACUGCCGGCUCUAUCUCUCCAAACUCCCUUUCUGGUUUUCUUCCCUCUGUUUCUCCAUUCUCUCUUCUCUUUUGUUCCAAAAGCUCGGAUUUUUUUUAUACCCAGCACCUAAUUCCUUCGAAAGCUCUCGUUUCUGUUCUUUGUUUAUCUCAUUUUAUACAUAUAUGUUUAGGUAGAGGGUGAAAGAGGGAGGGAGAGAGGGAGCCUUACUCAUAUGCACCUGCAAUUCAUUCAGAAAAGCUGACCCUUUUAACCCUUUUUACUGUAUUGUUAGUUUGGUUUGGUUGAAGUUUUUUUUUUUUAUUGAACUUGUUAGAACAAGAUGGUGGUGAAGAUGAUGAAGUGGAGGCCGUGGCCUCCGUUAUCCUCCAAGAAAUUCGAGGCCAAGAUUGUUGUUGGCUGCCUAAAGGGUCUGAGCAUAUCAUCUGAAGAAGUGGAGAGCCUUGGGGAUUUUCAAGAUUUUGAAAGGUUGGUUGUUGAGAUCAGGUGGAAGGGGUCAGCAAAGGUGAAUCCUUUGGCCUUGAACUCUCUGAGGAGGAGAGUGAGGAGGAAUUUCACAAAGGAGGGUUCUUUGAUCAAGGAGGAUGGGGUUGUUCAGUGGGAAGAGGAGUUUAAGUGUGAAUGCAACUUCUCUGCUUACAAAGAUGAUGAUUUUCUUCCUUGGGAGGUUGCCUUUUCUCUAUUCAAUGGCUUAAGCAAGGGACCGACAAACAAGGUGCCUACUAUUGCCACCGGAACAUUAAACCUUUCGGACUUUGCUUCAGUAUCUAAAGAAAAAGACGUUGAAAUCAACAUUCCGCUUGAUUGGUUCAGCAGUGCAGUCGGUCCUUUACUUUGCUUGUCUCUUAACCUUGUGGAACUGGGAAAUGAUCGUGAAGGUUUAGAAACGGGUCAGAAGUUUGAUAUAUCACGUCCAAUGUAUCCUACGUGUGGAGAAUUUUUGUCAAAAGACAGAAAUGAUGGUUCUCCAUUGAGAGCGAGUCUUGGUAAAGUUGGGAUUUUCAAGGCAUUAUCUGUUCGAGGGCGCAAGAAGGCGUAUCGGGAGGAUGAGGGGAGCGAUGGAAAGUGCUCGGUUCGAAGUUGUGAUACCGAGUACAAUUACCCUGUAGACACGGACUCGCUAAGUGACUCGGAAGACGGGGAAUCGGAGGAAGGAAAGGAGGGUAGCGUUAUGAGGAAGACGGUGAGUUAUGAGACGCUGGCUUUUGCGAAUCAUGCGAGUAGUGAAAAUGGGGAUUGGAUUUACUAUAGCCAUCGGAAAUCGGAUGCAGGGUGUGUUUAUCUCGAGGAUAGAACUGGGUUGGUGGUUGAUCAAUCUAUCCAGCAGAGCUCAAAACGCAAAAUUCUUCCCUGGGGGAAGAGGAAGUUGAACUUAAGAUCUCCUAAACGCAAAGGAGAACCGUUAUUGAAGAAACACUAUGGAGAGGAAGGCGGUGAUGAUAUUGAUUUUGAUCGACGACAGCUUAGUUCCUCUGAUGAUUCCUCUCAUGGGUGGAGAACUGAAGAUGGUACGACCAUAAGUCGGUCUUCUGUCUCUGAAUUCGGGGAUGACAACUUUGCUGUGGGUAGCUGGGAGGCUAAAGAGAUCAUAAGCCGCGAUGGACAAAUGAAGCUGAGGGCCGAGGUUUUCUUUGCGUCUAUUGACCAACGUAGUGAGCGGGCAGCGGGAGAAAGUGCGUGUACAUCUCUAGUUGUCGCGAUUGCUGAUUGGUUUCACUCCAAUCGUGACGAGAUGCCCAUCAAAUCCCAACUCGACAGCCUGAUUCACGAGGGCUCUCUGGAGUGGAGGAAGCUCUGCGAAAACGAGAGCUAUAGGGAACGUUUUCCCGACAAGCAUUUCGAUCUCGAGACAGUCCUCGAGGCCAAAGUCAGCCCGCUUUCAGUAGCCCCACAAAAGUCCUUCAUCGGGUUCUUCCAUCCGGAAGGAAUCGAAGACGACGGGUUUGAUUUCCUCAAAGGGGCUAUGUCUUUCGACAACAUUUGGGACGAGAUCUCUAAACCCACCACUCGUGAUGCUUCGAUCUACAUUGUAAGCUGGAACGACCACUUCUUUGUGCUGAAAGUCGAGCAAGAUGCAUACUACAUCAUCGACACAUUGGGCGAGAGGCUCUACGAGGGCUGCAACCAAGCCUUUAUCCUCAGGUUCGACAGAGACACUACAAUUUCACUGGUGGCUAACGAGACUCAACCCCCGACAGAAGACUCAUCUGCUAGUGCUAAAACUGAGGAUAAUAUCGUCAACGCCCCCAAGACAAACAACGAAGAAUCGACUAUGGGGGGCGAGCCUGACAAUAACGAGCAAGAAUCAAUGGUAUGCAGAGGCAAAGACUCGUGCAAAGAGUACAUUAAAAGUUUCUUGGCAGCAAUCCCUAUUCGAGAAUUACAAGUUGAUCUUAAGAAGGGUUUGAGGCCAUCGAUGCCCCUUCAUCAGCGGCUUCAAAUCGAAUUCCAUUAUACGAAUUACAAACUACUUUCACUCUGUGAUGGAGGAGUAGAACCAAGUUCUGAUCUCUAGGGAACAUUAUUGCAGAAUUAGGAUUAGUACAUGAGAGUAUAUGAGUACAUUACUAACCCCCUAUCCCCUUUUUCAUUCUAUUUUUAGUGUUUUUACAUAUAUGAUCUUAGACUGGAUAAGCCCACUUGUGAGAUAUAACCUUUUUCUCUAAAGGGCAUCUCUUUCUUUCUCCA